AUGAUGUCGCUCACCAGUGUCAGCUCCCUGGGGGGCGCGGCGGUCGUGCACGGACCGUCGACCAGGCGCGCGAUUCCCAGGACCGUCUCCUGCCCAUGCAGGGCCCAGCAGUCCGAGCCGAUGAUGGAGCGCCGUGCGGCCCUGGGCCUGCUCGCGGGAACCGCUGCCCUGCUGGCCGGUACCGGCGCGUCCCAGGCCGCCUACGGCGAUGCCGCGCGCGUGUUCGCAGGCAAGAUCACCAACAAGUCGGGAUUUGUGCCCUAUGCUGGCGAGGGCUUCGCCCUGCUCCUGCCUGCCAAGUGGAACCCCAGCCCGGAGCGGGACUUCCCUGGAACUGUGCUGAGGUAUGAGGACAACUACUUCCCGGUUAACAACCUGAUGGUCAUCCAGCGCCCCGUCGGCAAGAACAGCAUCGAGGACCUGGGCGCGCCUGACAAGUUCCUCAGCGACAACGCCUUCCUCUUUGGAGAGUCUGCGGCCUGGAAGGGUGAGUCGCGGUCCGAGGGUGGGUUCAAGCCCAACCAGGUCUCCAGUGCGGCGCUGCUUGACGCCGAGGAGGCCACCGACAAGAAGGGGCACAAGUACUACAAGUACGCCGUGCUGACGCGGUCGGCAGAUGGCGAUGAGGGCGGGCGCCACCACCUGGUGACGGCCACCGUGUCCAACGGCAACCUCUACAUCCUCAAGAUCCAGGCUGGCGACAAGCGCUGGUUCAAGGGUCUCUCCAAGGAUGCCCAGGGUGUGGCCAACAGCUUCACCGUGGCCUAG